GAGUGGGGGAAGGCAAGCCGCCCAUCUCUCCAACAGGGAGUGGGAAAAAGUCUCCCAAGGGGAAGGGCGGAGGGGAUGGUACAGAUACGCAUAUGGAGGAUGCUCAUACGGAGGAUGUGGGGGGGAAGAGUCCUUUGAGACAAGGCACAAGAUCGUCCACUGCGUCCGCUUGGGCGUCUGUAGAAGCAGCAGUGACAUCAGGCGCUCUCACCGACGGCAGAAAGAACACAUCUGCUGCUGCUGGUGCCCUUUCCCGUGCCACCACGCCCUCACUCCCCACCCGAAACAGCCACAGCGCACGCAACCCCACCACCACCGCCAUCAACCCCAGUAACACCACAAAAAGCCACGCCAUCGAGGGCGCUCGCUCCCGCAGCUGGGCGGGCGUAGGCCCGUACAGAAAGGACGUGAUCAGAUACGUCACUCUAGACGCCUCUGCAGGUAAGCUUGCUGCCAGCAAAAGCGCCAAGUACCUCUCCUCAAGGCGGUCGGCCGUGGCUUUGUGGCACAAAGCACAGAAGCUCGCUGGGCCCGUGGGGACGGUAGCUGCUACUGCUGUUAUGCCUGCUGACCCUGUGGCGUUUGCCGUCUCGGCCUUAGCCGGCCGGCCAAUCACACCGUCUUAUGCUGCUGCUGGUGCUGGUGGCGGUGGUGCUGCUGGUGCCGCUGGUGCUGCUGGUGGUCCCUCCUCUGGUACAUCCCGGCCGCAGCAGCUGCAGGUGCCUCCUAGGCCAGGGUUUGCAGGGGACGGGAGAACCCACAGGAGCCCCCUGGGAAAGAGCCUGGGCGGGCUGCUGGCAGGUAGAUCUGGGGCAGGUGAUUCUGGCGGUCAGGGGGAGGGUAGAGAGGGGGGUGGUGGGGCAGGUGGGGCGGGCGGGGCAGAGGGAGUGAAGAAGAUGCACAGGCGGACGGGGUCGUUCGGGUUGGGAAGGAAAGGCAGCAAGAAACACACGGCGCUUCCAGCCGCUGCUGCCGCAGCCGCUGCAUCCGCUGCAUCCGCACCACCGUGCCAAAGCACUGCAGCAGAGCCGCAGCAGCAGCAGCAGCAGCAGCACGUGACGGAUACCAUAAUGACUGACCAGCCUGGGGCUGCUAGCAGGGAGGGCGGCAGCGCAGCAGCAGCAGCACAUGAGGCAGCAGAAGCAGCGGCGGCAGCAGCAGCAGCGGCAGCAGAGGAGGCGGGGGCCAUAGUUCCCCCGCAGCCGUCGGCGUUCUAUUUGCUCCCGGAGUCAGCGGGCGUGGCGGUGCCGUAUGUGAAGAGGGAGGAGCAGGAGCGCAUGACGACCUUCUGCGUGCUGGCGAUCGUGCUUAAACUGAGGGAUGACUUUAUCGAUGGGGCCCAAGGACUGGAUGAUGUGGUGGAUUUCUUCAAUGCAGCAGCAGGGUCGUGGGAUGUGAAGAAGCUCUGCAAACGAGCCGUGGACCUCCACAGGCAAUACCUUGUGCUGAAAUUGGCAGCGCAUGAGUGGGGCCGGGUCCUCUGACUGCAUGUGCGCUUCGACUCAGAUGCUCUUUAUCGAGGCCAACAGGCCCUUCAACUCAAUUAUGGAGGCCAACAGCCUGUUACAAUUCGAUUAUGGAGGCCAUUCAACUCGUCUGCGUCACUAGCUCAACAAGGGUGCACUGUAGCGCUGUGAAUCUACUUUUUGAGAUGCCUAAAAAGAAGGCCGGAGCAGGAAACCAGAGUAUCUGUAUGGCUCAGCGUUGAAACCUGGUUGCGUAGAGUAGACUCAUGUAUGCUUAGAAAGAACAAUUACCUGGUCUUGCAGGCAUUUGAAGGCCCGGUCUUAGGCUAGGCCUGGUCGGCGAGGCUCCAGCCGAAGGGCAAGCCAAAGGUGUUGAAAUUCACACGGUUUUGUCUGGAUGGGUUGUGUGUGAGUAAGGCCCUUGGUUGAACAGAAUUAUUCUGUGGUUGUCCUAUAUUGGGUUGGUUCGCCGUGCC